AUGGCUCCCACACAACCCGAAAACGCCCAGAUUGCCUCAGCGGCCAACAACGAACAACGCCAGUCGCCUCAAGGCGAGAUGCAGGAGAUCUCGCUGCAACCUAUGGUCUCACAGCCGAUGGACCCCGAACGCCCGCACGAAGACACGCAGAUGAACCUACGCGGUGGUGACCGAGGUGGUUGCUGCCCAGGCCGUUUCUGCUUCUGCAUCCCCUGCCCGCUGCCGUGUGAUUUCUGUAUCAUUUAA